CGGAUGGAUUCAAGAUACGGUUGACGAUGAAUCAACACGCCAUCAAAGCAAAAUCACGGCUACGGUGUCACGGGCGGACAGGUACUUCUACAACCAUGCAUGUCCCAAACACAAGUGUACAGUACGCGCAGUGCUCGACAGUCAAUCUCUGCACAAAGCCACAGCCCUUCGUCACCCACCUCCCACGCCAUCAGUACGCGCGGAAGACCUGGAGCUCGCCGCAGUCGAACUCCGUGUCGCCAGCGAGAAGAGCAGUCAUGUAGGGGCUCAUUUUGCCCCUAUAGCCUGCCAGAAGCGCGCUGCUGGGCAGCCACAGAUAACACUUGUCGAGAUAAUUAUCUCGACCCAACUUGAAAUCAAUAAAGGCGCCACACUGUUUGAGAAGAAGACGAGCCUUUCCGUCCACCGAGCCGUACUUGCCGGCCACAAAGAUGUUGUGCUUCUCGAAGUCCCUGAGUCUCGUGGGCUGGUCGUAGUGGCCGGCCAGUGAGAACCAGCUCACAGGGCACUGAUACCAUUCCCAGCUGGACGAGUCCUUCGGCUGCCUGAUCCUGUCAUUGAUGUGGCAGCCGAAGAUGUACUCGCCUUUGUGGAUAAGGAUUCCGAAGCCAGUCACGUUGCCCACACAGCGGAGGAAAUUGCCGUAAGACCACCCAUCGGCCGAUGCCCUGACACACACAGAAUGACACACAGGCAGACAGCAGCAGAAGAGACAGAUGUUGCUGUUUGUUGUGUUGCUCCCUUGCUUACUUGUACAGGCGUCUAAGUGCCUUCUUGUCGCCUCCCAGCCAGCCGACCAGUGCAUCAUGCUGCCUCUCCGUCAGCCCAAGGUCCUCCGCUGUGUGCGGGACAGGCACCAAGUUCUCCAGCAGAAGCAAUGUCUUCUCGAAUUCGCGAUUCCGCUCUUCUGCCUUCGCGUAGCGCUCUUGUGCCGCUGUGUAGCGCUCCUGCGCCGUUCUGUAGCGUGCCUCUGCCUCCUGAUACGCCUUCUUCCAGUCGGUCCUGGCAGCUCGGCUUGUCGUCGCACUGGUGGCAGCUUGGCGGGUCAUCCUCCUUCGCAGCGGGGAGAGAUGGGCGUGUAGAUGGCGGGGAGAGAAUGCACGUGUAGAGAGGAGGGAUGCCACCAGGAGCAACAGACGCAUCUUCGUGAUCUGACACAAUUGAUCCGACACGCACAGAUCAUGACAUGAACGAAUCAUCGGGCCAUUGAGGACUGCCAUCUCUCAUCGAACCAUCAUCCUUUUUGUUCCUCACCGUUCUCUGUGUUUUUGACGUGAGGGUGCAAGCUCGCAAGUGGUGUGAACGAUUGAAUGCAUCAGAUCUCUGAUGACGAAGGCCGAUAUGCACUGGUUGGUUGUUUGCAUCCAACACACACACACACACACCCCGACACGACCGAUGCACGUCAAAGCACACAAAUGGCAUCUCAGCUCACAGACACACACACACAGCUUCGUGGCCUGGCUCCUCUUCGCUCAGCCUGUCAGUCAUGUCCCUGCUCAUACACGAGGCCUGAAUGCUGCUUGCUGCACGCCCUACGACACAUGGGGCAGGGCAGCUUCCUGCCGGCGUACUGCUCUUUCAGCGGCUCGAAAUAACCUGCAUCACACAUCCACACACCCACACACCUGCACCCACACGCACACGUAGAAUGCACGUCGAUCUGCCCAUGUGUGAGUGAGUGUGUGUCGUACCAAUACAGGAGGAGCAGGAGUUUCACCCGGAACGCCAUCAACGCGUGGAUGCUCGACCUGCACACACACCCACAAACAGACAAACGUAGAAUGAAUGCACGUCGAUCUGCUGCAUGCAAAUCGCAGCUACAGACGCACCCACAAUUGCGUUGUGUGUGGUACGUCAGUAUCAGACACACCUGAUUGGUCGUGGGGGUCUUCUCUUCGAGCUCCGUGGGCCCAUAGUCGUCCUGCAGCUUGGCCAACAUACGUCUCUCGGUGGCCGCCGAAACGGCCAAACAUACGC